AUGCUACAUGCCGUGCUCUUGGCCAACGUGAUCCCGACGCUCAUCAUCAAAAUGACGGCUCCGUUCUUCAUCUCCAGAGUCCCAUAUGCGUUGCGGGUGCUCUGUGUGGCGCUGACGGCUGCCGGCAGUUUCCUGGUCGUGUCCUUCUCUUAUGCUCUUUGGAUGAGUUUCUUAGGUGUGGUGUUGGCCAGUAUCAGCAGUGGACUGGGAGAGUUGUCGUUCCUCGCACUCACAGUCUACUUCAGCAGAGAUGUGUUGGGGGGGUGGGGCUCGGGCACUGGAAUGGCCGGAAUGGGAGGGGCCCUCCUGUACUCGGGCCUCACUCAGGCGGGCCUCACUCCACAGGUCACUCUGCUCAUCAUGCUGGUUGUACCUGCAGCUAUGGUCCUCAGUUACUUCUUCCUGCUGGUGCCCCCCCCCUCGUUGCCCCAGUGGAGGCCUGAGGAGGAGCCCAAAUGCCCAGGGCUGUGUUCGGAGGAGACGGAGACGCUCAUCAACUCAGCGGAGGACCAGGAGGAGCAGGACCAGGAGGACCAGGAGAACAAGGACCAAGACGAGCGAGGAGCAGCGCGGACUGUGAGUGGCCCUCUGAGCUGCUCUGAGAAGCUGCAGGUGAUGAAGGGCCUCCUCCCCUUCGUGCUUCCUCUUGGGCUGGUUUACUUCGCAGAGUACUUCAUCAACCAAGGCCUGAUGGAGCUCCUGUAUUUCCCCAAUUUCUUUCUGUCUCACGCUGAACAAUAUCGCUGGUACCAGACCCUGUACCAGGUGGGAGUCUUCCUGUCGCGCUCCUCUCUCUGCUGCGUCAAAAUCCGCCAACUCUGGGUGUUAGCGGCGCUGCAGAGGGUGUUGUCCACAUGCAGCUGCCUCUCUCAGGAGGAGCCAGAGGGUGUUGUCCACAUGCAGCUGCCUCUCAGGAGGAGCCAGAGGGUGUUGUCUACAUGCAACUGCCUCUCUCAGGAGGAGCCAGAGGGUGUUGUCCACAUGCAGCUGCCUCUCUCAGGAGGAGCCAGAGGGAGGAGCCAGAGGGUGUUGUGCACAUGCAGCUGCCUCUCUCAGGAGGAGCCAGAGGGUGUUGUCCACAUGCAGCUGCCUCUCUCAGGAGCCAGAGGGUGUUGUCCACAUGCAGCUGCCUCUCUCAGGAGCCAGAGGGUGUUGUCCACAUGCAGCUGCCUCUCUCAGGAGGAGCCAGAGGGUGUUGUCCACAUGCAGCUGCCUCUCUCAGGAGGAGCCAGAGGGUGUUGUCCACAUGCAGCUGCCUCUCUCAGGAGGAGCCAGAGGGUGUUGUCCACAUGCAGCUGCCUCUCUCAGGAGCCAGAGGGUGUUGUCCACAUGCAGCUGCCUCUCUCAGGAGGAGCCAGAGGGUGUUGGCCACAUGCAGCUGCCUCUCUCAGGAGGAGCCAGAGGGUGUUGUCCACAUGCAGCUGCCUCUCUCAGGAGGAGCCAGAGGGUGUUGUCCACAUGCAGCUGCCUCUCUCAGGAGGAGCCAGAGGGUGUUGUCCACAUGCAGCUGCCUCUCUCAGGAGGAGCCAGAGGGUGUUGUCCACAUGCAGCUGCCUCUCUCAGGAGGAGCCAGAGGGUGUUGUCCACAUGCAGCUGCCUCUCUCAGGAGGAGCCAGAGGGUGUUGUCCACAUGCAGCUGCCUCUCAGGAGGAGCCAGAGGGUGUUGUCCACAUGCAGCUGCCUCUCAGGAGGAGCCAGAGGGUGUUGGCCACAUGCAGCUGCCUCUCUCAGGAGGAGCCAGAGGGUGUUGGCCACAUGCAGCUGCCUCUCUCAGGAGGAGCCAGAGGGUGUUGUCCACAUGCAGCUGCCUCUCAGGAGGAGCCAGAGGGUGUUGGCCACAUGCAGCUGCCUCUCUCAGGAGGAGCCAGAGGGUGUUGGCCACAUGCAGCUGCCUCUCAGGAGGAGCCAGAGGGUGUUGGCCACAUGCAGCUGCCUCUCAGGAGGAGCCAGAGGGUGUUGGCCACAUGCAGCUGCCUCUCAGGAGGAGCCAGAGGGUGUUGUCCACAUGCAGCUGCCUCUCAGGAGGAGCCAGAGAGUGUUGUCCACAUGCAGCUGCCUCUCUCAGGAGCCAGAGGGUGUUGUCCACAUGCAGCUGCCUCUCUCAGGAGCCAGAGGGUGUUGUCCACAGCAGCUGCCUCUCUCAGGAGGAGCCAGAGGGUGUUGUCCACAUGCAGCUGCCUCUCUCAGGAGGAGCCAGAGGGUGUUGUCCACAUGCAGCUGCCUCUCAGGAGGAGCCAGAGGGUGUUGUCCACAUGCAGCUGCCUCUCUCAGGAGGAGCCAGAGGGUGUUGUCCACAUGCAGCUGCCUCUCAGGAGGAGCCAGAGGGUGUUGUCCACAUGCAGCUGCCUCUCUCAGGAGGAGCCAGAGGGUGUUGUCCACAUGCAGCUGCCUCUCUCAGGAGGAGCCAGAGGGUGUUGUCCACAUGCAGCUGCCUCUCUCAGGAGGAGCCAGAGGGUGCCGUCCACAUGCAGCUGCCUCUCUCAGGAGGAGCCAGAGGGUGUUGUCCACAUGCAGCUGCCUCUCUCAGGAGGAGCCAGAGGGUGUUGUCCACAUGCAGCUGCCUCUCUCAGGAGGAGCCAGAGGGUGUUGUCCACAUGCAGCUGCCUCUCUCAGGAGGAGCCAGAGGGUGUUGUCCACAUGCAGCUGCCUCUCAGGAGGAGCCAGAGGGUGUUGUCCACAUGCAGCUGCCUCUCAGGAGGAGCCAGAGGGUGUUGGCCACAUGCAGCUGCCUCUCUCAGGAGGAGCCAGAGGGUGUUGGCCACAUGCAGCUGCCUCUCUCAGGAGGAGCCAGAGGGUGUUGGCCACAUGCAGCUGCCUCUCUCAGGAGGAGCCAGAGGGUGUUGUCCACAUGCAGCUGCCUCUCAGGAGGAGCCAGAGGGUGUUGUCCACAUGCAGCUGCCUCUCAGGAGGAGCCAGAGGGUGUUGUCCACAUGCAGCUGCCUCUCUCAGGAGCCAGAGGGUGUUGUCCACAUGCAGCUGCCUCUCAGGAGCCAGAGGAUGCUGAACAUGGUGCUGCUGCUGUUGGCCGUGUGGCUCCGCUUCAUGCCCUCGGCCUGGAUUGUCUUCGUCAUCAUCCUGUACGAGGGUCUGCUGGGGGGCGGGGUCUACGUCAACGCCUUCUACUUCAUCAGCAAAGAGACGGUGGAGCGGCACCGGGAGUUUGCGAUGGCUGUGUCGUCUGUGGGGGACUCUCUGGGCAUCUGUUUGGCCGGAGCCCUGUCCCUCCCUGUCCACAAGUUCUUCUGCUCGCUGUGA